AUGUCGGCAUCGAAACCUUCUCAGACCAUCCUGCAAGCGGGACAGCGGUGGGAGGGGACGCUUGUUGUGCCAGGUUUCACACCGUCGCCUUAUGUGAUUGACCUGGUCUCGUCGACAGCAGGGAGGCACUAUGCGUAUGGACAAGCUGAGUAUGUGGUGGUCGGCGAGGAGGCUGGUGCUGGCGAUGGGCGUGUGGUUGCGACGAUUGCCGACUCGGAGACAGCGUGCUCUGGCCAUAUCUUCACCGAUACGUGUGGCCGCACUGUGUGGCGCGGAUCGGUAGUUCAGGCAGAGUUCCCGGCUGGCGGCUCGUUUGAGUUGGUUCUUGUCGGAGAGCCCGAUCGUGCCGCGGCGGUUGUCGAUCUCAACGAGGCAGCCGGUAUGAGCGUCGACGAGCUGGGCGGCAAGGGUCUACGAUGCGUCGAGCUGAGCGCUGUUGGUGUGCCGGUCCCACUCGGGUGCGUUGUCACCGCCUCGGCCUAUCAGGCCCACAUGGCCUCGCCAGAGCUGGCGAAACUCCGCGCUGCUGCCAAAGCCAAGCUCGGCGCGCGGCUGGCGUCGUCGAAGGAGGCGCUGGAGGCGCUUCAGGCCGCGAUUGUGGCGCAUCCUCUGGAUCCUGCCGUUGCAGCCGCGGUGGGCGAGUGGAUUGCCGGCGCUGGCGGUGACAGCCUGCUGGCGUCGGGCGUGGCGGUCCGGUCGUCGGGCGUGGGCGAGGAUGGCGCGUCGGCGUCGCACGCCGGCAUCUACGAGACCUAUCUCAAUGUCAAGACCGUCGACGGCGUGCUUGUUGCCAUCAAGAAGGCAUGGGCAUCGGCCUGGCACCCGCGCGCCUUUGCCUACCACAGGACCCGCGAGGCCAAGGUCGCGGCCGCGGACGCCACGUCGAUGGCUGUGGUUGUCAUGACCAUGGUCCCUGCUGCGGCAGCCGGCGUGCUCUUCACCGUCGAUCCGAUGAACGCCGCUGCGCCGCGGGCCCGGAUCGAAGCUGUGUGGGGUCUUGGCGAGUCGCUGGUCUCGGCCUCGGUCACUCCAGCCUCGUUUGUCUUCGACUGGCUCCUUGGCAAGGUUGUCGAGUCUGAGCUAGGCGCUCAAGUCGACGGCGUUUUUGCCGUCGCUGCCGGCGGGACCGAGGUCCGCAAUGUGUCUGGUCAGGGCCCUCCGCUGACCGAGGCGCAGGUUUGCGAGCUGGUCCAGCUUGGCCUCAACGUCGCCAAACACUACGGCCGACCGCAGGACAUCGAGUGGGCGCUACAGUCGAGCGGCGCGCUGGUGGUUCUGCAGACUCGGCCGAUUACCACCCUCUCGUCGGCGACGGCAGUGACUGGCGGCAAUUGGUAUCCGUUUCUCUUCGACUAUCUCGGCUUGCUCACUCAAAGCCUCCAGGGCGACGCCCACUCGCGGCUCCUCCUCACCUGGGGCUCGCAGCUUCUCGGCUGGGCUGCACCUCAUCAUUCGUUUGGGCAGGUCUACGCCCGCCACGGGCUCUAUGCUCAGCUCGAGAACGCCGGCGUUUUGGACACCGUCCGUGAUCAGACCCAUGUAGAGAUCCAGGCCUGGCUCGACGCCGCUUCGGCGGCCGAUGGCGACCUGCCGUGGGCUCGCGGCCUCGCCACUGACGAGCUGGUUGCCGCCGGCCUUGCCCACACCUGCGCCGUAGUGGCACGGCUCCUUCCGCUCUACAUUACCGUCGGCUCGUGGUCGUGGGCAUCAGGCCUCCUUGCCGGGCAUGUACUCGCACAGUUGCGUGAGGAGCUUGGUGAUGCCCCCGCCCAGGCAUACCUGGCAGCCAUUCCAUCAGUGACCGGCGGCGCGUUGGCCGCGCUCCGCUCGCUGGGUGCAGACCUCGCGGCCGCGGUGGCACCGGCCGAGCUUGAGGCGUUGGUCGCCUCGCCGUCGGCACUGCUCACUCAUCCGGCGUCAGCCAAGCCACUAAGCGACAUCCUCGCUCGCUUUGCAUGGAUGAGCGACGACGACCAGGACCUGGGUUCGGACACUCACUGGGGAGACCAUCCUCAGCGUGCACUCGACGCGCUGGCGUCGAUGUUGACCGACGAGCCGCCGGCGGCGGCACCAAAGCCGGAGCCGACGCCCGUUUUUGGCGACAACUCACUCGCGAGCGCGCUUGCUGUCUACGUCCGGCUCAAGGAAGAGAUCCACGUUGCGACGUCCGAGGUCGGGUAUGCGGUGUUCAAGGCUGCGCGCGCGCUCGGCGCGCUCUGGGUCAAUGCCGGGCUCCUGGAAACUGCUGACGAUGUCUUUGAGCUUCCUGCCUCGCUCCUGGCUAAGAUGGUGAGCGUCCACGACUCUGCGCCGCCGCCGGUCUGGGACGCCCUUGUCGGCAACGCGCAGGCGCAUGUGACGAGCGCAAAGAUGUUCCAGCGAGUUCCGCGACCGUCGUGGCUCAUGCCCAAUACCGACAUGCUCGGCCAGAGCAGCGCCGGUGGCGCAAGCGCGGCAGACGGGCCGCAUGCCGGCGGCGCGGGCCUUAUCUCUGGGCGCGGGCUUGCCGGCGGGCGCGCGUCCGGCCGGGCCUUUGUCGCCCGCGACCUGGACGCGGCACAAGCUCUGCCGCACGGUGCCAUCUUGGUCACUGCACGGACGACAGCGGGAUGGACGCCGCUCUUUUCGCGGCUAGCCGGCGUGGUGGUCGAGGUCGGUGGCCUCCUUUCGCACACCGCCAUCGUCGCUCGCGAGAUGGGGCUUCCAGUUGUGUGCAUUCCCGAUGCCAUGGCGCGGCUCGCCACCGAUGACGUCGUUGUUGUCGACGGCUCGGGCGGUGCUGUCAUGGUGGUGCCGCCAGACUCGGUCCCCCGGCGAUGA